AUGGCUAGUCCCAACCCCCUGAACGUAUACAAGGGACAAGACUCUAUCAAGAGUUACUUCGACCCUGAAUCAGCACCACCUCUUCCACUAGUCGAGAUCCCAGACUCUCUUAACCCUUAUCGCCAGGAUGGAGUGCGCAUCUAUGCCAAGAUGAUGACUAUGCAUCCUGCGAACAAUGUCAAAGCCAUGCCAGGCAAGAGAACAAUUCUGCUUCCGGGGAAAACUAAGGCAGUUGUUGAAUACAGUUCAGGUUCGACUGUUUUGUCCAUGUCGUUAAUUUCAAGGGCUAUUCAUGGCAUCGAUGAUGUGCGAGCAUUCUUGAGUAACAAGACGAGCGCAACGAAACUUCAACUCAUGCAAUUCUUUGGAAUCGAUAUUACACUCUUUGGAGGCCCAUCUCAACCUGAGCCCCUUGACGAACGUGGUGGUAUCAGAGCAGCUCAGAGGCUCGCCCAGGAUUCGGAUGAGACUGUCAUCAACCCUAAUCAAUAUGAAAACAAUCUGAACUGGAACGCACACGUCAAGUGGACAGGCCCGCAGAUUCAUGCACAAUUACCAGAAAUCAACUUGAUCUGUGCGGGAAUGGGAACUUCAGGUACUAUGACCGGCCUUGGCACAUACUUUAAAGAAGCCAAGCCUUCGGUGUAUCGACUCGGUGUAUGUACAGCACCUGGCGAUCGAGUCCCUGGCCCAAGAUCAUUCGCACUGAUGGCUCCUGUUCAAUUUCCAUGGAAGAAAUCAGUUGACCACAUCGAAGAGGUCGACUCACACAACUCAUUCUCCAUGUCCCUGGAUUUAUGUCGUAACGGAAUCGUCUGUGGCCCAUCUUCUGGAUUCAACUUGACAGGAAUGUUUCAGCUCAUCGAGAAACGCAAGGCUGAAGGUUCUCUUUCGGAUCUGGCUGGACCAGAUGGAACUAUCAACUGUGUGUUUCUAUGCUGCGAUUUGCCAUACCAGUACAUAAGCGAGUACUUUGAUAAGCUCGGAGAAAGCUACUUUCCUUCCAUCAAGAAUGAGGACCUUUUGAAAGUCGACCUUUAUCGGUACGACGAGAAGUGGGAGAGAACAGCUUCUGAAGCUAUUGAUGCAUUUUUCGACGUUGAUAGAGGCGCUCUUCUCGACAUGGUGCUUGCUGACCCCAAGAGUGCAUCGGUGAGUACAGUUUAUCUACACAACAUUCUCCGUUCGAGACAGGAUACAACGAUUAUCGAUCUACGACAGUCUCAAGAUUUCAGCAACUUCCAUCUUCCUGGUGCCGUCAACAUGCCAUUUGUAAAUGACAACACACCGAGCCCCUUCUCUGACGCCAAGCUUUUGGAAACUCUAUGGAAGAGUCUUGAAGAUACAUUCAGGAAACCUGGACAAGAACUUCAGUCCCUCCUCCAAGGAAGAAGGAUCUUGUUCACUUGUUAUGACGGAGACAGUGCUCGUGUUGCGACAAGUGUGUUUCGUGCCAAGGGCUAUGAAGCUGAUAGUAUUCGAGGUGGCUUUCAGGCGUUGAAUAAAAUGAGGAAUAGCUCGGGCCACGGUUCUAUGGACGGUACUAUAGAGACAUCGUCUUGGGUUGGUUUAAACAGGGAAGUUUUGGGUGUUGGACCUUCGCCAUCAGCUCGUGUCUCGUUGUAA